AUGGAGUUAAACAGUGGCAACAAGGUAGCCAAGUUCUCUCUGGUUAGGUACUUAGGUUGGGCGCCGGUGGAGUCGGGUUUGGCUGGGGCGACCAUCUACGACCUGGCACCUCAUAUUCUACCUUACUGUGAGCCCGAGGAACACGCCUCAACAGAGUUGCUGAACGUCGCUGCUCAGGCUACCUAUCUUCAUCCUGGAUGUAUGCGACCAAGCCACAGCCCACGCAUCUGUGGUGAGAUGCUAAGGUACCGAGGUGGGCGGCCUCUGAAGCUUGGCCCCCACUGGGAGUGGCUGAGGGCUGCAGACCGAGGAAACCCCGGCCAUCAACAUCAUACUAUGGAACUUGACUCUACUGUGUAUGGAGGCUUGAAGCACCUUUAUGGUAUCAAGGAAGAGUCGGAUUCAAUGAAAGACUAUCCGUAG